CACUUCCUGUCCCAUUUGCAAAACAGGUGUAGUCAUUCUGAUUUCAGGGGUUUUAAGCGUUUGAAUAAGAUAAUGGGUUUAAGUGAUUAGCACAGUGCCUGUGUGGCACGUGGCCGGUGCACCAUAUACCAAGUUUAUGGGGCUCUCCCCCAAGCCUGGGGCCAGUGUCAGGAAUGUGUCUCAGCUCACCCCUCACACAAGCUGCGAUCCCCUUUAGUGCCAAGGCUUUCUGACCCGGACCUGCCUUCCAUUCAUCUUAUCGGGGACUCAAGCUGAGAAGGGACCAGGUUGCAUAUGGAGACCCCAGAGCAUCUCUGUCCAUUGAGACAGGAGGAGGGGAGAAGAUAUUUGGUCCCCUUCAGAGCCCCAGAUCCGUGGCCUGGAGAGGCUGAGACUUUGCCCAGGACACACUUGGGUUGUGCUGAGCUGUUUUUCAGGAUUAUCCCCUGUCCCUCAGAGGGGGAGGUGGGGUGAGCAAGGUCCAUUAGAGAGGCUUCUUCAGCCAUCUUGAAAUAAGGGGGAGGGGUGGCAGGUCAGUCAGUGUGGGGGGCAGUAGCUGGGUGACAGGCGACUGACUUUCGGUCUCUAACCUCUGGUCAGGAUGGAUGGACUAGGUAGGAUGUGGCGCUGGACACCGAGACCUCUGGAGUCACACUGGUGCUACGAAAUUCAAGCCCAGGUCUCCGCCUGCUUGGUGCCAGUCAAGUGGGGUGGAAAUUGCCAGAAGGACCGCCAGUCCCCCAUCAACAUCGUCACCACCAAGGCAAAGGUGGACAAAAAACUGGGACGCUUCUUCUUCUCUGGCUACGAUAAGAAGCAAACGUGGACCAUCCAAAAUAACGGGCACUCAGUGAUGAUGUUACUGGAGAACAAGGCCAGCGUUUCUGGCGGAGGACUGCCUGCCCGGUACCAGGCCACGCAGUUGCACCUGCACUGGUCCAACUUUCUACAUAACGGCUCGGAGCACAGCCUGGAUGGGGAACACUUUGCCAUGGAGAUGCACAUAGUACACGAGAAAGAGAAGGGGACAUCGAGGAAUGUGAAAGAGGUCCAGGACCCUGAAGAUGAAAUUGCGGUGCUGGCCUUUCUGGUGGAGGCUGGACCCCAGGUGAACGAGGGCUUCCGGCCGCUGGUGGAGGCGCUGUCUAAUAUCCCCAAACCUGAGAUGAACACCACAAUGGCAGAGAGCAGCCUGCUGGACCUGCUCCCCAAGGAGGAGAAACUGAGGCACUACUUCCGCUACCUGGGCUCACUCACCACACCAACCUGCGAUGAGAAGGUUGUCUGGACUGUGUUCCAGGAGCCCAUUCAGCUUCACAGAGAACAGAUCCUGGCAUUCUCUCAGAAGCUGUACUACGACAAGGAACAGACACUGAGCAUGACGGACAAUGUCAGGCCCCUGCAGCUGCUGGGGCAGCGCGUGGUGAUCAAGUCGGGGGCCCCGGGUCGGCCGCUGCCCUGGGCCCUGCCUGCCCUGCUGGGCCCCAUGCUGGCCUGCCUGCUGGCCGGCUUCCUGUGAUGAUGGCUCACUUCUGCACGCAGCCUCUUUGGUGUCUCAGCUCUCCAAGUUCCAGGCUUCCAGUCCUCAGCCUUCCCAGGUGGGACUUUAGGCAUGAUUAAAAUAUGGAUAUAUUUUUGGAGAAA